ACUGGAUUGACAAAGAGGAUAAGAAGAAGGAGAAGAAGAAGAGUGGAGAAGACCAAGGAGGAGGGAAAGAAGAAGAAGAAGAAAAAGGAGGAGGAGGAGGAGGAGAAAAGGAAGAAGGAGGAAGAGAGAGACCAAAAAGAAGAGGAAAAGAAAAAUGCUUGGAAAAAUUAACAGGUUUGCUCGGAGACCGUCUGAUAAAAGGAACCUUGAUGCCGACUAACAACAACAGUACCAAUAACAAACUCAACAAUAUCAACAACAACAACAACAACAACAACAGCGGCAGCGGCAGUGAAGUCCUUUUCCAUCAGACGGUGAAGGAGAACGCGCUGCCGAUGUACAAGAAAGUGCGCCCCGGGGAGUGGGUUCGGCCGCUGGGCAGCAUGGAGGCCAUGUCGGUGAUCGGGGGCCACCUGGGCAUGUUCAACACGGUGCAGGCGAUGUGGCUCAGCGCGCCGCGACCCGUGGAGGCCCGGCAGGUGAAGGACGCGAUGGCCGCCGUGGCCAGACGCACGGGCGUGCUGCAGCUGUGCGUGGGUCGCCGCGCCCUGUGGCCGUGGUUCCGCCGCGCGGAGCCGCACGACCUUCCCUUCGCCGUGGUGGACGGCGACCCGCUGGCCGCCUACAGCCAGGCCCUGCACGAGCCCUACGACAUGGCGCGGGGCCCGUUGUGGCGCGCCCGGUUGGUGGUGGGGCCCGGGGCGGGGGCGGCGCAGGGAGCGGGGCCGCUGGACAGCGAGGACGAGGGCGAGGCGGGCACGGAGGGCGCGGCCUGGCGCGGCGUGCUGGUGGUGGCCGUGCACCACUGCGUCACGGACGGCCUCACCAACGCCGUGCUGUGCCAGGACGUGCUGGAGGCGCUCAACGGCCUGGCCACGGGGGGCGCCGCGUCGCCGCCGCCGCCGCCGCCGCUGCGGCCCGUGACGCAGGCCGUGUCGGACCACCUGCUCGGCCCAGCGGACUACCUGUACGCGCUGCCCUACCUCGUCAGGAAGAUCAUCGGCCGCCUGGUGCUGAGCUACGACCGGCGGCUGUACCUGGACGGCGCCCUGCCGCGCCCGUCCGCGCCAGACUCCGCGCCCGUUACCCGCGUGGUGCAGCGCGGCCUGACACGCGCGGCCUCGCGGCAGCUGACGGCGCGGUGCCGCGCGGCGGGCGUGUCUGUGCAUAGCUGCGUGGUGGCGGCCGCCAACCUGGCGCUGCUGCGCGUGGCCCAGAGCUGCGCCGCGCCGCGCGCCGUGCCCCGCGCCUCCCUCAACACCACCAACUGCGUCAACAUGCGGCGGUACUUCCCCGCGGCGCUGCGCGGCGCGGCGGGCUGCCACAUCGGCCUGGAGGAGCACGAGCACGAGGUGGAUGAGCGGCACGGCGCCAGCGCGGCGGCCUUCUGGGGCCUGGCCGAGGCGCUGCACGUCCGCCUGCAGCACAGCCUCGCCGAGGCGCGCAUGCCGCUGCGCAACGGGCCGCUGUUCUGGCCGUGCAGCCUCAUGUUCUGGAUGAACAGCGUGCUGGCGCGGCACGGACUGCCGCACCGCACCGACGCCCAUCUCGUCACCACCAACAUGGGCGACUACCGCGACGUGCUGCCGGGCGUGGCGGCGCGCGGCGGGCCCGUGCAGGCCGUGCACGUGCUGCGCUCCGUGGCGGCGCCGCUGGCCGGGCACCCCUUCACGCUCACCUUCCACACCUUCCGCGGCCGCCUGCUGCUGGCCCUGGACUACUUCACCUCCAAGACCACGCCCGAGGCCGCCCACGCCCUCAUCCACCACCUGCACCACAUCCUGCACGCCCUGGCCACCACCGGCGCGCCGCCGCCACCCACGCCGCCAGACACACUCAUUCCCACGCCCACGGACGAGGACAGGGACACGCCUUCACCCAUACUUCCACCCACACCCGCAGACACACCCUCACCCACGCCCACGGACGAGGACAGGGACACGCCUUCACCCAUACUUCCACCCACACCCGCAGACACACCCUCACCCACGCCCACGGACGAGGACAGGGACACGCCUUCACCCAUACUACCACCCACGCCCGCAGACACACCCUCACCCACGCCCACGGACGAAGACAGGGACACGCCUUCACCCAUAAUUCCACCCACGCCCGCAGACACACCCUCGCCCACGCCCACGGACACAGACACAGACACGGACACGCCACCAGACACCGGGGUGUCGCUGCCGCCUCCAGGCACGCCCACGCCCACGGACAGGGACGCGCCUUCAUCCAUACACACAUACACUCCACCACCUACGCCCACGCCCACGGACGUCCACACCCACACCUCCAGACACGCCCACGCCCACACCCAUAGAAUAGAAGAGGAAAUAUGAAGAAUGAAGAAAGGAAAACAGGAAAAGGAAAAGUGAGAAGAAAAGGGAAGAAAAGGAGUCGAGGAAAAGAAAAGAAAAGAAAAGAAGAAAAGGAAAAGGGAAAUGAGGAAAGAAAAUAAACGAAUGUAUAAAAUAAAAUAAGAAAAAAAAGGAAAAAAAAUGAAGCUAGUGUGUGUGUGUGUAUGUGUGUGUGUGUGUGUGUGUGUGUGUGUGUGUGUGUGUGUGUGUGUGUGUGUGUGUAAUCUUCGUCUUGUAAAUAAAGCAACAAUGA